UUAGUUCAGCCACAUAUAGCCUUUCGACUACAAUUUGGUACCAGAAGCUUUAGGAGGUCCCCGGAGUUUGAUAGUUUUACCCGCAAUAGAGAUAUCCCACAUCUCAUAGCUGGAGAGCCAUAUGUAGAAAUAGACAGAAUCUGGCCCGUGUAA